AUGGCUAUAGCUUCCGCCACCGCUGAAAAGUGGUUUUAAAUCUUGUUCAAAAAUAUGUGUUUCCCCGUUCCACCUGCAGGUUUGUGAAUAGUAUUGGACUAGAAGCACCACAUUAAUGAUAUGGCACAGGCUCCUCCAUCUGCACGUGUUCUUCUUGGGUUUAAGGAUGCUUUGCAAGAAAGUGAUGCCUCUUCAUGGGAUGUGAGCAAAAUAGGUGGUCUGCCUGAUGCCCUCCCUUCUGUGAGAAAGCUAUUACCAUCCUGUGGUCUGUGUUCUGCAGUUCUAUGCCAUGUUGUCCAGGUGUACUGCCCAAUGGAAGGCUCACCAUUCCAUCGUGUUGUUCAUGUGUUUGCCUGUUCCAGGAAGCCAUGCUGGGGUAAACGUGAGAGCUGGGUGGCAUUAAGAUCACAGAGUCUUGAAGGUCAUGGCCCACAAAUGAAAGAAACCACCGUUCCACAGAAGGAUAAUGCUGUACCUACUGAUUGGUGUGAAGAUGCAGAUAAUUGGGGCCUAGAAGAUGAGGAGCCUGUAGUUCGGAUUUCACCUAUAACUGCUAAUUUCCAGGCUACAAACAACCCUGCAGCACCUACUCACACAGACUUCUCGUUUCAGCUUGAGCACCUAACCUUGUCUGAUAAAAUGGAUGGUGUUCAGACAGCUGAAACUGUGUUUCCCUCUUAUUAUAUAGCUGUUGCUGAAGAGGAGGAAUGCACUUGGAAAGGUGAUCUUAAUCAUGCUCAAAGACUUCUGAAAGAGUAUGAGCAAAGAGAGGGGCGCCUAUCAGAUGAACCAGAAAGCUGUGUGGGAAAAGGAGAAUCUGAAAAGUAUGAGAAGUGUGACUUGCCGAACAGUGAUAUUCUAUUCUACAAGUUUCUGAAGAAGAUCUCCACAUGCAGACAGCAGAUUCUCAGAUAUUCAUGGAAUGGUACCCCUCUUUACAUAAGCCCCCCUGAUGCUGCCUCAGAACCCCAACCAUGUACACAGUGUGGAGGCCGCAGAGUGUUUGAGUUCCAACUAAUGCCAGCUCUUGUUAGUCUGCUUCAGGAUGCUGGAACAGAUGUGCUGUUGGAGUUUGGAACAGUCCUUGUUUUCACUUGUGAGAGGAGCUGCUGGGAGGUUGGAGACAGGAUGCCAGUUCAAGAGUUCUGCAUUGUGCAGGAGGAUCCAGACCAAAAGUAUUUUAAAUAGAAUUGCAACCUUUUCUCCAAUGCAUCAGUUCAUUGUGGAACAAAAAAACUAACACAAUUUUAUAAGGGGAUUCCUGAGCAGAUCUUAACUCCCAGGAGAACUUUUUUGAAAACAUUACAACACAGUAAUGGAUGCAAAAUAUAACAGUAUUUGGUGCCAUAUUAUGAUGUAAUAUAAACAUUUUCUCUACAUUUUCCCUUUGAUGUAACUUUAUUAUAUGAUAUAAACCUGGAUUAGACUGGAACAAAAGGAGUGAUUGCACUGUGCUCCUCUCUUUUACACUCUGGAACAUAGUACACCAACGCAGAAGCCAGCAUAAACUCCCUUGUAUCAAAGAAUGUACUUUAUGUAUUUAGCAAGAUAAAAAAAUGCAUCAUUACCAAACUCCUCUGCAAAAACCCUACUUGUUUACUGUGAUAGAAAACAGCUGUUUGUCUUGGCUGUAGCCCCUGAACUGCAAGAAAGAAAUCUUGUUUUUGGCAGUGUGGGAGUACAGUACCUCUUAAGCACAGAUUUAUCAUCUGAACGAUAUUAUCAUCAUCAUCAUCAUCGUGUAUUUAUAAAGCACCACAGCGCUGUACAUACAGAUUUACAUACAAAAAUAAUAACCAAUAACAGAAACAAGAGAUAAAGAGAACCCUGUCCCAAUCCAAUUUAUUUAUGUAUCAAAAUGCCCUUCCUAGUUAAGCACUAAGAUGAGUGCUAAAAUAUUUGGAAAAAAAACUUGUCUGUUAUUAAAAACAGUAUUUCAGACUGAAUUCAUUCUUUCCAGUUAAAAUGAUGACAUGCAAACAUAAGGAUGCAUGGUAAUGUUUAGGGCACUGUUUUAUUUUUCUACUCCUAUACCAGCCUUUCAUUUCAUCCACCCCGGGAGAGCUGCUGCAGCCAUACCCGCAGAAGGACUUUUCCUCCUCCCCUUAUAUGUGUUACCCCUGUGAAAAUAAAGACACACAGUGCUGCUUGGAGGUGUAAACUGUGUAAGUCACAGCUUUAUUGUUGAUAAACAUAAUAAAUUGUGUAUUUUUAUUGAUCCUAAGGAAGGCAAAAAACCUCUGAUAAGCUUGGGCCUUUACUUGUGCUUUACUAGAGGGAAAAAUUCCCAUCAUUAAGCUGCUGAGUGAAUACUGCAUUCCUUUACAUUCAGUUGGACCCCAGGCAGCCUGCAGACCCCUACUUCUGCAGUCUGAGGUGGAGGGAAAAAGAAUGUAAUUUCUACCUAGUGAUUUAAUGAUGAUGCUGUGUAUAAAACCAUAUAAUGGAUUUUAGGGGCACUGCAGGUGGAAUAGUGGUGGCUGGAAGGGGAAGCACCGCGAUGGAAUGUGUUGGGCAGUAGUGAAGGCACAGCUAGUGGAAUUAGGUUGGUUGAAUUCUGCUAAUGAGGGUACCCAGACAGGUUCAUCUGUACUUGGUACCCAUGAAAUUGGUGGUGGUGCUGUCAGCAAGUGCCUUUUUCAAUAUGUUCAGAAGGGCCCACCUGCAAGAACCAAACAAAAUAACUUAUCUUUGCCUUAGCAGGUGAUAUCUCUGGAGAAACCCUAAAACACUUAGGGGUACACUUAUCUCUAAUUGGGCGCUGAAGUAAAAUUAAAAUAAAGUGUUGUUGCAACUUUUCCCAUAACUUUCUAUGAUUGCAAAGAAAGUUGCAAAUCACAGUUUUUUGGGUAUUUUAAAGCCAUUUGCACAAGCGCAAUUUUUUGGGGGGAAACUAUGGUAUUUUUUUUCUUAUUUUUUAUUCUAUUCUCUCAUCGUACAAAAUCUCAGAAUUGCAACUGAUUUCAAUAUAUCAGCCCCUAACUCUAUUCAUUACAAAAUAGCCAUAAUUUAGGGAAUAUUUCCAUUUGAGCAAACAGCAUAGAAAGAAGAGAAGAGAGAGAAGGAUGGAUUUUAUAUUGCACCUUAAUAUCUCUCAUUGUUCCACAUCAGUAUAGCCUUGUUGACAGCCUCUAGGUCUUCGUAGAAGCCUUUUAGGUGGGCUUUGAUAUAUUUAUAGUCCCCUCAGAACUCGGCCUUGAGAAGGAAUCGCCACCAUUUUGUUAUUUUGAUGCAAUCCCUUGCCAUCCACAGAUCGUACAGCACCAUCCUAAUUUCACCUGUUUUCUGGCCCCUAAUGCACUCCAAAUAGGCGCCUCAAAAUCUUAAAGACAUACAGAUCAGCUGCUGCUGUGCAGAUACCUUCUGUGCUAUGAAUGGCCCAGCAGGUCCAGCUGGCUUUGGUGCUACAACAGUGGUUCUGAUUCCUGGCAUGCUUUUGGCAAGCAGAAAAUGGAAUAUAAUAUACUGUAAUAACAAACUGGAAUAAACAUGUGACACAUGUAUCUUUAUUAGACUCUAUAUUACAGCUUGCACAGUCCUUCCCUUGCCCCCCAAAGCUGCUGCCCAGUAGCACAGACAUUCAUUAGGGAGACACCCACUGACAUAUCUAAUGUCACAUUAAAGGACAUAAAACAUAAUAUCAUCUGUUGUUAUGUCCUACUGGGGGCUUGGUCUUCUCUUCUUUAAAAGGCUACACACUGGCCUGAUAUAGUUGUGUCCUGAUUGGGCGCUGCCAUCUUGCCCCUGGCUCUCAGGUAUCCCCUGAGCCAGUUCAGUGGACGCUCAGUAUAGAACUUUUCCAAUGAUUUUUGGUCGGCUCAUACGCUGGCACAGCAGGGUGUUGCUAAAGUGCAU